CCCCCUCCCCCCCUAGUGCGUUACGUAAUAAGUGAACGAACCCGGAGAGAAUAAGCUUAAAGUAAAAAUUUCUCUUGAACGGUGUACAUCGGCUUUAUAAAAAAUAAUGAAUUAGCAUUAAAUAUUUGAUUAAUCACAAUUAAUUAUCAAACACGCGUUUGUCAAUACGGGAAACUCAAAGAAUUUAUUAAGGAAAAAUUUAAACUAUCAGAAUCAACAAAAUGAAUGUGACAAGCUUUUGUCCUAAGAAUAUUAGUUUCUACGAUAUAUGGGUUGAUCAUUCAGUAAAUCACUGUUUCUUCGAUACCUUUACAAGUUCGUUGGUUGCUGCAUACAUCUUACUGCUUGGAUUUGCUCAAAUAAUCAUUUAUCGCAAAUAUGCUACACAAAUUGACAGUCGUCGACUUAGAGUCUCCUUCUUCUUUGUCAUUCAAAUAAUGUUGAUGGUAAUUAUGCCUAUUAUGGCUAUUGUCCGAUUGAUUCUGAGAUGGAAAGUCUACGAAUCACAUGAGGUUUAUGGAUUUAUGAUUCUGUACACUGCGUUAACAAUCUAUGCGUAUACUUUCGGAAUUUGUCUAAUUAUGAAAGAACGACAUUAUCAACUUCCUUCAACUCCAACACGAGCCCACAGCAUGAUCCUCUUAAUAUUCUUUACAUUGCUUUUUGUUUGCGAAAAUGCCGCACUUAUCAACCUUGACUCUGACAGUUGGUGGUUUGCACUUAAAAACAAAACUGAUAGAUAUGAAUUAGGAUUUUUUGUGACACGUUAUGUCAGUACUCUACUUCUUUUCGUUUUGGGAAUUAGCGCACCUGGAAUUAGACAGUCUGAUGACGAUGAAGCUCCACUCUUUGAAGAACUUACUCAGCAAAAUGAUGAAAAUGCGUCAACAUUCAGGAAUGCAUACAAGAAAAUGAGUAAAUUAAUGCCAUUUUUGUGGCCUAGAAAGGAUUUCUUGCUUCAGUCGCGCGUCAUCAUCUGUUUUGUUCUUUUGAUUGCCGGUCGUGUCAUCAACUUAUAUGUUCCUAUAUACAACAAGAGGAUUGUGGAUGCUCUGUCAUCUCCAACUCCUAUAUUCGCCUGGCAAUUAAUCUCAGUUUAUGUUGGAAUGAAAUUCUUACAAGGUGGCGGAACUGGAAGUAUGGGAGUGCUUAAUAAUUUGAGAAGUUUUUUGUGGAUUAAAAUUCAACAAUUUACAACAAAGAGUGUUCAGGUAGAAUUGUUUAGACAUCUUCAUUCGUUAUCUUUGAGAUGGCAUCUUGGACGUAAAACUGGUGAAGUUUUAAGAGUUAUGGACAGAGGAACUGACAGUAUCAACAAUUUGCUCAAUUAUAUUCUUUUCUCUAUUGCUCCAACAAUUGUCGAUAUUCUGGUUGCUGUAAUUUUCUUCAUGACGGCUUUUAAUUGGAUGUUUGGUGCUAUCGUAUUAGUCACAAUGGUUCUUUAUAUCGCAAUGACAAUUGCAAUCACUGAAUGGCGAACAAAGUUCCAAAGACGUAUGAAUCUCGCAGACAAUGCUACACGUGCAAGAUCAGUUGACUCAUUAUUGAAUUUUGAGACUGUUAAAUAUUAUGGACAAGAAAAGUAUGAGAUUCAGUGCUAUGAAGAUGCAAUUCUAGACUAUCAGAAGGAAGAAUUUCAGUCAAUGUUUACACUUAAUUUAUUAAAUACAGCACAAAAUAUCGUUGUUUGUAUUGGAUUACUUCUCGGAUCUUUACUUUGUGCAUAUUUUGUUGUUCAUGAAGACGACCACAAAAGACUGACUGUCGGUGACUACGUUCUAUUUGCGACUUAUAUCAUUCAGCUUUAUGUUCCAUUAAAUUGGUUUGGAACCUUCUAUAGACAAAUUCAAAAGAAUUUCGUUGACAUGGAAAAUAUGUUGGAACUAAUGAAAGAAGAUCAAGAAGUAAUUGAUGCACCUAGCGCUCCUGAUUUAGUAUGCAGUCGUGGUGGAAUUGACUUUUCAAAUGUCACUUUUGGCUAUUCUAAAGAAAAGAUAAUUCUCAAAAAUGUGUCUUUCAAUAUCGGACCAGGAAAAAUUGUGGCUCUUGUUGGACCAUCGGGUGCUGGUAAAAGUACAAUAAUGAGACUGUUGUUUAGAUUUUAUGACGUAAAUGGUGGAUCAAUUCUUAUUGAUGGUCAAAAUAUUAAGACUGUUACACAGUCAAGCUUACGAAAGUCAAUUGGAGUCGUGCCUCAAGACACAGUCUUGUUUAAUCAAACUAUCAAGUAUAACAUUAAGUACGGAAGAAUCACAGCAGAUGAACAUGAUGUCAUUACAGCAGCAAGAAGUGCAGAUAUUCACGAAAAAAUUCUCACAUUCCCUCAACAAUACGAGACUCAAGUUGGUGAAAGAGGUUUAAGGUUGUCUGGUGGUGAAAAACAGCGAGUUGCUAUUGCCAGAACAAUAUUGAAGGCACCACAAAUUGUAUUGUUAGAUGAAGCAACAUCAGCAUUAGAUACAACCACAGAACGAAACAUUCAAUCUGCUUUAGCUCGAGUUUGUAGCAAUAAGACAACCUUAAUUAUAGCUCAUCGAUUGUCAACAAUUAUCCAUGCUGAUGAGAUUUUAGUCAUGAAUGAUGGACAAAUUGUAGAGCGAGGAAAGCACGAACAAUUAUUGGAAGAAAAUGGACUUUAUGCUGAAAUGUGGAAUCAACAGCUGAAGAAUUUAGAAGGAGAAAAGUUAAGGGACGAAAAGGCAGAAGAAGAAGAAAAAAAGAACAAUGUUCCAACGACUGCUGCAUUCCAUCAUCAUCAUCAUCACCACUAAGGGAUUAAGGGAUAUAUUUAAAUAUUAAGUCAGAAGGUGAUUGAAUAAGCAUAACUUUUAUUUUCUUAUAUUCAAAAUUAUAGCUGUGAAUAAAUGUCACUAGGACUUUUUUUUUUGAUUUCCUUGCAUCAAUAAACAUUCAAUUAUAUAUUUUAUUAAUGAAUGUCAAGUAUGAAAAGCAUAAGUAGAUAUUUUGUGUCGGUUCCUCGUAAAACUUUAAUCAUAUUUUACUUACAAGCUAAUACAUACACAAUCAUCAAAGUUAAAUCUUAUUAAGGAAUACAAUUCGAUUAGUUUAAGUUGUGAAUGACUUGUGCCAAACCUUGCUUCAUCUGUUGAUCAAAGACUUUUGCAGGUAUGCCUCCAGUGUGUCUGAGUUCGUGCCUUCGAUGAUCACUAUGAUGAAUGAAUGUUCGUUCA